GGGGGCAGGCGGCAAGGCGGGCUCCUUCUUUGGCCAUGAGCGAGGUGCCGGCAUUCGGCCGCCGCCGUCGCCUGCGGGACGCGGGGAGGGAGCGGCCGCGGCGCGGAUCCGCCGGCGGCAGCGGGCGGGUGCUAUGGCCCAGGCCAAGAUUAGCGCCAAGGCCAGCGAGGGGGCGGCGCAGCAGCAGCAACAGUCCGGCGGGCAGCUCCGAGGCCGCUUCUACCGCUCUACCUCCAUGGCAGACCGCUCCAGCCGCCUGCUCGAGAACCUGGACCAGCUGGAGCUCAGGGUAGAGGCUUUCCGUGAUGCAGCAUCGGCUAUGGAGCAAGAGAAAGAGAUCCUGCUGGAAAUGAUCCACAACAUACAGAACAGCCAGGAUAUGAGGCACAUCAGUGAAGGUGAGAGAGAAGAGUUGAAUCUGACUGCCAAUCGUCUGAUGGGCCGAACCCUGACUGUGGAGGUGUCUGUGGAGACCAUCCGCAACGCCCAGCAGCAGGAGUCCUUGCAGCAUGCCACCAAGAUGAUUGAUGAGAUCGUCAACAAGCUCCUGGACGAUCUGGAAGAUGCCAAAAUCCGCCUCAUGUCGCUGUACGGUGCCUGCACGUCCGACGUGCCGGCAGGACCCAUCGAUCAGAAGUUCCAGUCUGUGGUCAUCGGGUGUGCCAUCGAGGACCAGAAGAAGAUCAAAAGGCGGCUAGAGACUCUGCUCAGGAACUUGGAGAAUUCUGAGAAGUCCAUCACGUUGCUGGAGCACCAGAAAGCAUCCGUUCGACAGUCUUGCAACAGCAAGCAGGAUUAGCCUCUGCUGGCUGCUUCUUGGCACACUGCAGGACAGGCAAAUCCCCAUUGAGAGGACACAGAAGCCAAGGAGAGAGUUCCCUGCAUGGGCACACGCGGGCACACGCAUGGCACCACAGUGGUUCCCAGUGCCAGGGGCCAGCAUUUACAGGGUUUGGUGGCAUGGGCGUUUUCUUUGGGCAAUACAGGGUGGGUCAGCUCUCUGCAGAGCUGAUGCUGCUCUGUUGCAAGCUGUAACUGUGCUUCUGCUCAGCUGUCAGAACUGCCAACAUCUGCCUUUCUUCCAUUCUCCUGGGGGGUUCAGAGGUGUGCUGAGUACCGCGAGGCUGGCCUUUCUCUGCUGUAUCCAUAGUGUGUGAAUCAGACUUCUGGGGCUUAGAGAUAGGUCAUGGCAAUAAGUCAAAAUCAGUAAUAAGUGCCACAUGGUAUUUUCAUAAACAAUACCCUGUCCUACUCAGCACCAUUUACAGCUCGAGUAAUCUGGCACCAUUUCUAGGUAGAUAAUAGACCUUCCAAGAGAGUUUUCUCAGGGUUUUCAUUUUGUUGUUGUUAAGCUCUUCCCUGACCUAAAAAUACCUGACAAUAAAAUGUGAGCUGUCUCACA